ACUAAUGCUCUGCCUGUAUCUCCUUACAGAGAUUCCCUCUUCCCUUUGUCCACAAACAGCUCACUGUCGCUUGGAUCUGCUAUCUGCUUCCCACUGGAGCACCGCACUUCAACUAUGGGAAGUGGCAGCUCCACCCAGCAUCAUUUUGCUUUUCAGAACGCAGAGAAAGCCUUCAAGGCAGCGGCCCUGAUCCAGAGAUGGUACCGGCGCUACAUGGCCCGCCUGGAGAUGAGGCGCCGCUGCACCUGGAGCAUCUUCCAGUCUAUAGAGUACGCGGGGCAGCAAGACCAGGUCAAGCUCCACGACUUCUUCAGCUACCUCAUGGAUCACUUCACGCCCAGCAGCCACAACGAGAGGGACUUCCUGAACCGCAUGUUCACCGGAGAGACAUUCCCCCAGGACUCUGAGACAGAGAAAUGCAGUGACUACGAGUCCGUGGAGGUACCGGACGGUUACGCGGGGCCACGCCUCUCCUUCCCACUCCUCCCCGACCACGCGACUGCGCUGGUGGAAGCUUUCAGACUGAAACAACAGCUCCAUGCUCGCUAUGUCUUGAACCUUUUGUAUGAAGCCAAGAAGCAUCUGGUCCAGCUGCCAAACAUCAACCGGGUCUCCACCUGUUACAGCGAAGAGAUCACAGUGUGCGGAGAUUUACAUGGCCAGCUGGAUGACUUAAUAUUUAUAUUUUAUAAGAAUGGCCUCCCGUCGCCAGAGCGGGUUUACGUGUUCAACGGCGACUUCGUGGAUCGAGGCAAGGAUUCAAUAGAGAUCCUGAUGGUUCUUUUUGCCUUCAUGUUGGUUUACCCGAAAGAGUUCCAUCUUAACCGAGGAAACCAUGAGGACCAUAUGGUGAACUUACGAUAUGGCUUCACCAAGGAAGUGAUGAAUAAAUAUAAGAUACAUGGCAAGAAAAUACUAAGAACCCUGCAAGAUGUUUUCCGUUGGCUUCCCCUGGCCACUCUGGUAGACGAGAAAGUUCUAAUCCUUCAUGGUGGGGUGUCAGACACGACUGAUCUGGAACUUUUGGACAAACUAGACAGGCACAAGAUCGUUUCCACCAUGAGGUGCAAAACGAGAAAGGAGAGCGAGAAACAGGCGGAGGAGAAGGAAAAAGCCACCCAGACGAGCCCCGCGGAGAGACCCGUGCCGUGGUUUCUGCCCCAGAGCCGCUCUCUGCCCUCCUCGCCCCUGCGGCUCAGCUCGGACAAGGCCCGCAGGACCGGCCGGUCCUCCAGCAUCCCCGGCAGCGCCGCCCCGGCGCGCGCGGAGCUCCCCGUGGACCCGGAGCUGGAGCGGGGGGCCGGCGCCGAGGAGAGCGCCCCGCUCGUCGCCCCCUCCGGAGCCGCCGCGGAGCUGCUGGAGCCCACGCGGGAGGAGUGGAGGCAGGUCGUGGACAUCCUGUGGAGUGACCCCAUGGUGCAGGAGGGCUGCAAGGCCAACACUGUUCGAGGAGGAGGCUGUUAUUUUGGGCCUGAUGUGACGGAGCAGUUGCUACAGAAGUACAACCUGCAGUUCCUGAUCCGUUCACACGAAUGCAAGCCCGAAGGCUAUGAAUUCUGCCACAGCCGCAAGGUAUUAACCAUCUUUUCUGCCUCCAACUACUAUGAAGUUGGCAGUAACAGAGGGGCCUAUGUCAAACUGGGGCCAGCCCUGACCCCACAUAUCGUGCAGUAUCAAGCUAACAAGGCGACCUACACACUAACCAUGAGGCAAAGGAUUAGCAGAGUAGAGGAAUCAGCUCUGAGAGCUCUACGGGAAAAGCUAUUUGCUCAUUCCUCAGACCUUCUUGGUGAAUUUAAGAAGUACGAUGCAGGUAAAACUGGUUUAAUCACGCUGAGUGACUGGGCGGCAGCCGUGGAGUCUGUGCUGCACCUGGGACUGCCCUGGCGGAUGCUGAGGCCGCAGCUGGUGAACAGCUCCGCUGAUAACACGCUGGAGUACAAGUCCUGGUUGGGGGACUUGGCCAAAGCACAGCUGAGCCGCGAGAACAUACAGUCAAGUUUGCUGGAAAAACUAUAUCGAAACCGAUCCAACCUGGAGACCAUUUUUAGGAUCAUAGACAGUGAUCAUUCAGGGUUCAUCUCGCUGGAUGAGUUCAGACAGACCUGGAAGCUGUUCAGCUCUCACAUGAAUAUUGACAUCACGGAUGACUGCAUCUGUGACCUCGCUCGGAGCAUUGAUUUCAACAAGGAUGGCCACAUCGACAUCAACGAGUUCCUGGAGGCCUUCCGCCUUGUGGAGCAAUCCUGCUCGGAGGGCGAUGCCUCCGAUUGCCCGCAUGCCACAGAUGCCAACGCUGGAGACUGCGGCAGUGCAGGUGCAUGCUAAGAACAGCCCGGUCUCCAUCACCCACGGUGCCUCGUAGGCAGAGCUGAGUGCGUCACUGUAAUAUCCCCCUUAUCCUCUAUAGAUCUGUGGAACUCUGUGCUGAGGAUGUGCCGGCCAAUAUGCAUCAGAAUCACCUGUGUGUCUGGCUGUUAUAUGUCCUUUUCUGUAUAAAGGUGCCCUGGUCCCACCUCGGUAGCUUCACAAAGUAGAACUCAGGUAUGAGUAUUUUUAAAUUCCGAAGUUCAGUCAAGCUAAGAGCCACUGAUGAUUCAAGUCCUUCAUUAUUUUUAUUUUAUACCUUUUAUUUAUUGUUUUUAAAAUGUCAUAUUGGUAAAAGAAAGUUAUGAAAAAUUGUACUUGUAAUCCCAUGAUGCAAACACAUGGAUUUUUUUAUUGUUUACUUUUUCUUACUUGUAACUAUAGUGUUUGUAUACUUUUAUGUUCUGCUUUUUUAAAAUAAAUUCACAUUUAA